ACAUGACGUUAAAAAAUCACUAAUUCCAUUCUAACCUAUUUUCCACAUGUACUAGUGUUCGAGUUUUUUGAAAAUAAAUAACAAAAAAUGGGUAAGGCAAAAAAGACAAGAAAAAUUGCCCAGAAGAGGUUUGCUAAAAUGAAAACAAUGAUAAGCCAUAGUGACCCUCGUAUUAAAGCCUCACAGAGACAGCCCCCUAGAAAGAAAAAACCGGAAGACCCGCACGCUUUGAAAGUUCGUGAAGCCCCUCAAGUUAGUUCAGCGCUAUUUUUCCAAUAUAACACACAGUUAGGACCACCGUAUCACAUCUUGGUGGAUACAAAUUUCAUCAAUUUUUCUAUAAAAAACAAGCUGGAUAUAAUCCAGAAUAUGAUGGACUGUUUAUAUGCAAAGUGUAUUCCAUACAUUACGGAUUGUGUUUUGGGUGAAUUGGAGAAAUUAGGACAAAAAUAUAAAGUUGCGUUACGAAUAAUUAAGGACCCUAGAUUUGAACGAAUACAUUGUAUGCAUAAAGGUACAUAUGCUGAUGAUUGUUUAGUGCAGAGGGUUACUCAACAUAAAUGUUAUAUUGUUGCUACAAAUGACAAGGAUUUAAAACGUAGAAUACGAAAGAUACCUGGAGUGCCGAUUAUGUAUGUAGCCCAACAUAGAUACACUAUUGAAAGAAUGCCUGAUGCCUAUGGUGCACCUAAGUCUUAAUUUUUUUAUAAAUAAAAACUUGAAUAUUA